UAUUCUGCUCGUCCACCAAAAACAUACCCUAAACCCUAACCCGCCCGAUUGGAGAGCCCGAAUCGAACCCUGAGAACGAAAGUUGUGAGGCGCAAACUCAUGGCGGAAACCCAGCACCAAGAAGAAACCACAUUGCACUCGAAGCGCAAACCCGAUCUCUGUCGCGAAGACAAUGAAGACAACCCUAAGAAAGCUCAGAAACUAGAAGCUCUCGACGACGCCAACAACGAUUCCUUGGUUUCCCAAGAGAAAAAACAAAGUCUAGACGCUUCCGAACACAAUUCUUCAGUAGCCGAAGAGAAAGACGGUAAAUUCGAGGCCGAUUCGCUCGCCGAAGCCGAGGACGAGGAGGACGAGGACGAGGAGGACUAUGAAGAUGAAGACGAAGACGAAGACGAAGAUGGUGAGAAUGGUAACGGGGAAGCUGAGGCGGACCGAAAGGGAAAGGGGAUUGUGAAGGAUGUGAAGGGCAAAGGCAAAUUAAUAGCAGAAGAAGAAGAUGACGAUGAUAGCGAUAACGGUAGUGAUGUAUCAGGCGGUGAAAGCGAUUUAUCAGACGAUCCACUAGCGGAGGUCGAUUUGGAUAACAUUCUACCGUCAAGGACUCGGAGGCGGACGGUUCAGCCUGGGGUUUACAUUGCUAACGAUCUCGCCAACAAUGACGAUGAUAGCGACGACAGCGAUGCGUAAGCUUGAGGAAAGGAAGGUUAGUGAAAAAAAUUUAGCUAAAAUGUGAGGGUUGGACUGUUGAGUUUAUGUUGUAACCAAGGCUAAAUGUGGCAAUGGUUUUCGUUUCUUUCUAGAAAUCGAUGAUCCCGAAUUUACCUCUAGCAUUUGAAUUUUUUUUGCAUAUUUUCAUACUAUGUUUGUGCUUUGGUUA